AUCGCUGAAACUUAAAAAGAUCAGAGCUUGCGUUAGUUCAAUAUAUAGAUUUUGUAUUGCAACCCCACACAAAACCCAGAUGGAAAUGGCAGUGGAAGGUGGAGGACCUCAAGUCCACAAGAAGGUAAUGGUGGCCAUUGACGAGAAUGAGUGCAGUUACCAUGCUCUUAUGUGGGUACUCCAUAAUCUUAAAGAAUCUAUCGGCAACUCUCCUCUCGUCAUCUUCAACGCUCAGCCUCCUCCCUACCGUAACAACACUUUUGCUGCCUCUCUCGGCACUGCUCGCAUGUACUGUCCCGUCUCUGCCGCUCCGGAGUUUAUCAACAAUGUCCAAGAACAAAACAAGAAAGUUUCAGCGGCUCUCUUAGAGAAAGCUAAGAGUAUCUGCGCUAGCCAAGGGGUGAAUGCUGAGACAAUUUCUGAAGUUGGGGAUGCCCAACAGGCCAUAUGUGAUGCCGUUCAAAAGUUGAACAUCACUCUCCUUAUUUUAGGUGAUCGUGGCAUUGGAAAAAUAAAGAGGGCUUUUCUAGGGAGCGUGAGCAACCACUGCGUUCAUAACGCUAAGUGCCCUGUACUGGUUGUGAAGAAAUCGAGUUGAUUGUAUAAUUCCAAUAUUAACUCGGAAUUAUGCUGCAGUCAAAAGUUGUUUUAAAAGUUUUCUUUGAUAUGAAUGUGAAAAGAAUGAAGCUUGACGGUGGAUGAGUACAUGCAUUGUAUUCAAACAUAAGUGUGAACUCUUAUCUUCUAUUGAAUGCAGUAAAGGAUACAGUUUCGGGUGUCUUUA